AUGUCAUUGUCCAUAUUUCUCAUUUGUGUUUUACACAUUGCAUUAGUAAAGUCUCGAUUGGAUCCGAAUUUUGAAUUGUCCGAUGAAAAUGUUGGUGACAGUAAUAAAUGGGCUGUCUUAGUGGCAGGAUCAAAUGGCUAUUUCAACUAUCGGCAUCAAGCAGAUGUUUGUCAUGCUUAUCAUGUAUUACGUUCAAAAGGUAUAAAACCGGAACAUAUUAUUACAAUGAUGUAUGAUGAUAUUGCUCAUAAUCCAGAAAAUCCAUUUAAAGGAAAAAUUUUCAAUGAUUAUAGACAUAAAGAUUAUUAUAAAGGAGUUGUAAUUGAUUAUAAAGGAAAAAAAGUCAACCCGGAAACUUUCCUGAGAGUUUUAAAAGGAGAUAAAAGAGCAGGUGGGAAAGUGUUGAAAAGUGGAAAAAAUGAUGAUGUAUUCAUAUACUUUACUGAUCAUGGUGCUCCAGGUUUGAUUGCUUUCCCUGAUGAUGAUUUACAUGCGAGACGAUUUAUCGACACACUGAAAUACAUGUAUAAAAAACGACGUUAUUCCAAAUUAGUGAUCUAUCUCGAAGCGUGUGAAUCAGGUUCAAUGUUUCAAAGAUUGCUACCUCCAAAUUUGAAUAUUUAUGCAACAACAGCUGCUAACCCAGACGAGCCUAGUUUUGGUACUUUUUGUGAAGAUCCCAGAAUAGAAACUUGUUUAGCUGAUUUGUAUUCAUAUGAUUGGAUCACUGAUUCAGAAACACAUCACCUAACACACCGAACACUUGAUCAACAGUAUAAAGAAGUCAGACGUGAAACAAAUCUUAGUCAUGUUCAAAAAUAUGGUGAUCAGAGAAUGGGUAAAUUACUUGUGAGUGAAUUUCAAGGAAGUCGUGAUAAAGUUUCAACAGAAAACGUUCAACCUCCAAUGAAAGCAAGGGAUUCCAUCCAUUCGAGAGAUAUUCCAUUGCAUACUCUGCAGCGUCAAAUAAUGAUGACGAAUAGUGCGGAGAAGAAAAACUUAUUAACGCAAAUUCUUGGUCUGAAACUCAAGAGACGAGAUCUUAUUGAAGAUACAAUGAGACUGAUAGACAAAGUCAUGAAUAAUGCAAAAAUAUCUAUUUCCAAUGUGACUACCGAUCAAAUUUUCGAUUGUACAGAAUCUGUUUAUGAACAUUUCAAAAAUAAAUGCUUCACCAUUCAACAGGCUCCAGAAGUUGCAGGACAUUUUUCAACUCUUCAAAAUUAUUGUAAAAAUGGUUAUGCAGCUGAAACGAUCAAUGAAUCAAUUACGAAAAUUUGCAGCUGA